UUGUUAUUUCUGUUUAAAGAAGAUUGUCCGUGAGUCUUUUGAAAAACUUUUUAGAACAAUGCAUCAGAUGGUAGCAACCAACGGCGGUUUCCACAGUAUUAACGCUUUGUUAGGAAUAAGAGAAGAGAACUACUGUGGACAGAACUGUGCGGAAAAUAAUUCACAUCAUCUCCAAUUUCAAAGACAUCAGGAAAAACUUCAUCAGCAAAAGAUACAGAUGAAAAGAGAUGCUUUUAAGAACUUGAAAUUUCAAGAAAAGAUAAGUAAACUGAGGAAAGACCAGGACAAAUCCGAUGAUGAUAAAAGUGAUGAUUCAUCUGAUCCAAGGAAAAAGUCAAGACGAAAUAGGACGACAUUCACUACAUACCAACUACAUGAAUUAGAACGAGCUUUCGAAAAAUCCCACUAUCCAGAUGUAUACAGUCGCGAAGAGCUGGCUUUAAAAAUCAAUCUUCCGGAAGUUCGUGUUCAGGUAUGGUUCCAGAACAGGAGAGCAAAAUGGAGAAGACAAGAAAAAUUAGAAAGCUCUAGUCUAAAAAUAAACGACAAUUUCCCGUUAAGUUCAUUAUCAAGCAAAACCUCGUGUAAUUUUGGUUCAUCACUGCCACUUGAUCCUUGGAUGACUGCGCCUAUAUUAAAUUCAGGAAAUCCAUCAAUGACAUCCUUAGCCACGCCCUCAUCAAUUGCAGGUGGUAUUUCAUCAUAUGCUCCUUUCAUUGCAUCGUCAAUUUUCAACACAACAAAUUCAAGUUUACAUGGUUUUCAAAAUGGACUGAAUGGUAUAGCCAAAGUGAGUGACAUGGACCCUAGAAACUCAAGCAUCGUGUCUCUUAGAAUGAAAGCUAAAGAACAUGCUGACAAUUUUGACCGGAAAUAUUGAAACCGUACGACUGAUACUGGAUAUAGUUUAUGUAACUCGUUUAAGUGCUUAUUAACUUUACUUUAGUUCAUAUAAUAUGACAAAGGUUUUGUUGUUUUGGGGGAGAUAAUUCCAUUUUAUUUUGAUCUAAGAUUGUAUUCAGGGUAUUUCAAACCAAAUGACUAUGGGCGCUGCAUAAUACGCACUAUCAUAUGAAAUGUUUUUAUAAUUCAAAACCACAAAAAUAAACCAUUUCGCCAUUGACCAAUCCUUGUAGUUAUCUGCAUACAGUGGAUUCUUCGAGUAUAGAUGAUAUUUUGUAGAAAACUUUAGCAGAACUUUUAAAUUCCAUUGGCCGUGAAAUUUACUCUAUGAACAGUACAUUUCUUCAUCAUUUUGUUUCUUUUGAUUACAUGUAUGUGUGUCGUUGUGUUGCGGUCUCAGUGACGUACAUACACUCCUCAUGCGAAACAAAACAGAAUGAUUUUGUUGUCAAAGAAAUAAGGCUUUCUUUAUUCACAAACAUAUAUUUAAAGCGCCAUCUCAUGCAGUCGGUUGAAAUCACCUUUAGCUGACCACAAUACAACUUUACAUUCAAUUGUAAUGCCGACAUUUAAUGUUGUACUACGAGAUUAAUACAUGUGGUUCCUGUAAAUAUUCAAAUGUCUAAAUAUUAUCAUAAUUUAAAAAAAAAAUAAAAUAUCAAUUUGAGAUAACAGUAUUCUUUUAUAUUGUAAAUUUCUCAAAAACAAUAAAAUUGGGAUGGAAAGCGAUACACCUCAAUGG